AUGUUACUGCAUAAGGAUGACAAACUUCACGAGUGUCCAGAGUGUGGGAAAAGAUUCAGUCAACUUGCAGGUCUGAAGAGUCACAUGUUGGUUCAUACGAAAGACAAACCUCAUGAAUGUCCAGAGUGUGGAAAGAGAUUCCGUCAUCUUCUAAGUAUGAAGAGGCACUCGAUGGUGCAUUCAGAUGAACGACCUUUUGAGUGUGCUGAUUGUGGCAGAAGAUUUAAGGAACGAAGUGCCUUAAUAAAGCACUUGAUAGUGCAUACAGAUGAGAAACCUCAUGAAUGUCCAAAGUGUGGGAAAAAAUUCAGGCAAUCUGGAUAUAUGAAGAGUCACAUGUUGGCACAUAAGGAUGAAAAACCUCACAAGUGUUCAGAGUGUGGUAAAAGAUUCACUCUGCUUGGAAGUCUGAAGAGUCACAUGUUGGUUCAUACGGAUGACGAACCUCAUGAAUGUCCAGAGUGUGGGAAGAGAUUCCGUCAUCUUGGAAGUAUGAGGAGGCACUCGAUGGUGCAUUCAGAUGAAAGACCUUUUGAGUGUGCUCGUUGUAGCAGAAGAUUUAAGGAACGUGGUGCCCUAAUAAAGCACAUGUUAAUGCAUACAAAUGAGAAACUUCAUGAAAGUCCUGAAUGUGGUAAAAAAUUCAGGCAGUCUGGAUAUAUGAAGAGUCACAUGUUGGCACAUAGGGAUGACAAACUUCACAAGUGUCCAGAGUGCGGGAAAAGAUUCAGUCUACUUGCACUCACAUGUUGGUUCAUAUGA